AUGGUGAACCCCACCUUGUUCUUUGACAUCGCCAUCAAUGGCGAGCCCUCGGGCCGCGUCUCCUUCGAGCUGUUGGCAGACAACUUCCGUGCUCUGAGCACUGGGGAGAAAGGACUUGGUAAUAGAGGUUCCUGCUUUCACAGAAUUAGUCCGCGAUUUAUGUGCCCGAGUGGUGACUUCACACGCCCUAACGGCACAGGCGGCAAGUCCAGCCGUGGGGAGAAAUUUGAGGACGAGAACUUCAUCCUGAAACAUACAGGCCCUGGCAUCUUGUCCAUGGCAAAUGCUGGAUCUAACACAAAGAGUGCCCAGUUUUUCAUCUGCACUGCCAAGCCCGAGUGGUUGGAUGGCAAGCUUGUGGUCUUCUGUCAUUUGAGAGAGGCCAUGGAUGUGUGGUAG